UAUUUAAACUUUACUGAAUACCGGAGGACUCUUUUAGGAAGCUAAAAGCUCACAGGAAAGCUAAGCUACAUUAGCGUGCUAUCUGAGAAGGAAGCUAAGCUACGUUAGCGUGCUAGCUGAGAGAGAAUCUAAGCUACGUUAGCGUGCUAGCUGAGAGAGAAUCUAAGCUACGUUAGCGUGCUAGCUGAGAGAGAAGCUAAGCUACGUUAUCGUGCUGGCUGAGAGGCUAAUUGCGGAGGGAAGUAGUGAGUCAUGGCGAAGUGGGGACAAGGAGAUCCGCGCUGGAUUGUGGAGGAAAGAGCGGACGCUACGAAUGUUAACAACUGGCACUGGACUGAGCGUGAUGUCAGUGCCUGGUCACAGGAUGUCCUGAACGAGCUUCUUCUCAGAGUCCGUGUGGAAAACGAAGAUGGCGUCUGCCAAAUUACAGACGUGAGCGAAAUCGAGGGUGAAGCUUCAAUUAACAACCGCAAAGGGAAACUUAUCUUCUUCUACGAAUGGAUCAUUAAAGCUUCAUGGACCGGAACCUCAAAAAAUGGGCUAAAAUAUAAAGGGAACGUUGAGGUGAUGAACCUAUCGGAUGAGAAUGACAUAGAUGACCUGGAUAUCUGCAUUAUAGCAUGUAAAGACCAGCCCACUACACCUCUAACUGCCCUCAUGAAGAAGGAUGGAGAGAAGGAGGUCAAACUGGCUCUACAGGGCUAUGUGUCACACCUGAAAAAAGAGUUCUCUCAGGGUAUGAUCCUGCCUACAGCUGAAGGGGUCAGUAAACAGCAGCAAACUCACAUCAAGCUGGAGAAGAACCCGAGCGGCUCCCCGGCCAUCUCUAAAUCUCCCAGCUCUGGAGUCAAAAUCCCAACAGUCUCGUUUCAUCUAAAGGAGACAUUCCUCACCUCGUCUGAGGAGCUCUACAAGGUUUUCCUCAACCAAGAGAUGGUUCAAGCGUUCACACACCUCACUGCCCAUGUGGAUGGAGUAAGAGGAGGACGGUUCUGCCUGCUGGAGGGAAAUGUGCAUGGAGAGUUCGCGGAAUUGGUCCCAGACCAAAGGAUCGUCAUGAGGUGGAGGUUUUCAUCUUGGCCAGCAGGACACUUUUCGACAGUCACGCUGGACUUUACAGACCGAGACAGUGAGACAGAAAUGUCUCUGGAGGCUAAAGGUGUCCCCAGCAGUGAGGAGGAGAGGAUGAAGGAGGGAUGGCAGAGAUAUUACUUUGACGCCAUUAAACAGACAUUCGGUUACGAAGCUCGGAUCUGCUGAGUCACGUCUUUCUAAUUUAUUUAAUAUAAUGAUCCGCAUGAAAACAGCUUUAACACAAGUGUUUGUGAAAUAAAUAAGGGGUUACACACUCUGUAUGUGGUGCUGUUAUUGUAAAGUAAUCAGUGAUGAAGUAAAACCUGAAAUAAAAUAUCUUCCUGUAA